AUGUACCUCGUGCAAUACCACAAAACGACCAAUUUCGACGAACCUCAUCGAACGAUUUUCAACAUUUUCGCGUAUCUCGAAGCGGUUUCGCUGAUUCUAUCAACUUUUCUAUUAAUUCUAGCCGGCUAUUAUAUAAAAUUUGCAAAUGUUCACGAGAAUUUGACAUCGAUUAUGCUGUAUAUGUUUGUCGAUGAGCCGUUGUAUCCUUCAAACGACCUUCCACAAUCGCAGCGGGAUUUCAACGCGGUGGUCUUCUGGUGCAGUUUUUAUCGAAUCUUCUACCUUCUCAAUUUUGUCAUGGCUUCACUUAUGGCUGCCGUCGAGCGAUAUUUUGCAACAAUUUUUGUGUGCAACUAUGAGAAAAUAAAGAGACGAUGGAUUGCUGUGCUCAUCAUUGGCUCAUCCAUCAUCGGAUCGUUUAGCUUCACAUUUAUCGUUCAUUUUGACGUAUUGUCGUCGUUGACCCUUAGCCUAUUCGGCUUGUUCCUCAAUUUGUGCAGCUAUUUGGCAUUCAUCGGCAUGUAUGCGGCGAAUCGGCGAAAUUUGAAGCGCGUUAAAAUGCGCGCGAUUCAAAAUAAAUACACGCUGAGCUUGAGAUUCCAGUUGAAUGAGAAUCUCAACGUGAUGAAAUGGCUCAAAACGAUAUUCACCGCGUCCAACAUCGUCAAUUUCGUGCUGGGAGUCUUCUAUACAGUUAGCAACGAUCGAGUUCUUCGCUACCGCGACCCAUUACUAUGUGCAUAUCUCUAUUUGGUCAUCAAUCACUCCAUUGUACUGUACUCUUGGAUGAUGGUUGUCGGCAUUUUUAUGGCAGACCCACGGUUUCGACAACGAUUUUUGACGAAUGCCACUUUUCAUCGCAUCUCGGCCCCAAUAUUUGGUCGCUGUUUUCCGGCGGACUUCAGCCAAAAGCGAAGUCUUACCGUAACCGAAGAAUCCAAUAUCUAUUUCACGACGCUGAAAAGCCAAUGGGAAACGUUUGAAGUGUCGGUGACGUCGUCGAAGAGCACUCUGAGGACGGUGUGCUUCGGUUUGGGGAGGAACGUCUAA